UUUUUUUCUUUAGGGUGGAUUUUAAGAUUUCUGUCAGACCUGUUUUAACAUUCAUUUAUUUAAGUUCUUUGCCCAAGUUAUGAUCUCAUCAAGUUAUGUUGUGUUUAUGAACGUUUCUUUAUCUUUCUCUGGCUCUCUCUGUCAACCAAGCAUAGCAUAGAAAGGAUUAAAGGUCAUACCAUUAAUUCAAAUGAUAAAGCCUUGAUAAAACAACUCAUAAUUUUCCUUCAUGUAACCAUAGCAGCAGGGUCUCCGGCAGGCAACUCUCAAACUGAUUCACUGCCUGUGUAUUCAGUGUGGUUGUAUACUGUCUGUGUGAAUAUUUCUAUCAUAACUCAGAGCAAUAACUCACUACUUGAGCCUUGUGAUACCUCUGGAAAAAACGUUGUCAUGAAUCACCUCGUCCAAUCAGGGGUCAUCCCUGCCUCUGCAAGGAACAUGUGAUAUAUACAGAUGUGAAACUCCCACUUUGUCUCAGUUAGCAAGCCUCAGCCAAGCAGAGCAACACCCUGUGGACCUCUUAGAGCAUACCUGUGUUUGUGGCUGAGUGAGCCACGAUGUGGAUUACAUUUUCUCUAGUUACAAUCUUCUGUUUUUCUAUGUCCCAAGCUGUGGACUACUGUGAAAAUGUUCUCGAAGAGUGCAUAAAAAGGCCCACAGCAUGGACACGUUGUUAUGAGUACAAAAUUAUGACCUGCAUACCAAGAGGUCGCUUCAUGGGACACAUCAAACAACUCAAAGUAGACUCGCUUCAAGAGGUUGAUGUGAGUCCUACACAUGAACAUAGGGUUCACAUCCCAUCAUCAGCUCUCCAGAGAAGCAGAGGAAGUGUGCCUGAGGUGGAGGUCCUGGUGGUGGCCUCUGUGAUUAACAGCAGUCAUUUUAUGCCAAGUCCUCGUUCAAAAGGCAGGCAAAUACAGUUUCACCGCAGAGAAGGCACUGUGUUUAGGGGCUCAGUCCUAUCGGUGAAGGCAGGAACUCUUUCAGUGAAAAACCUCCAGCAACCCAUCAAGUUAAUCUUCAGACACGACAAAGAGGUGGAAAAUGGAACUUGUGUAUUUUGGGAGGAAUCAGAGAUGGGAGAUGGAACAGGUUAUUGGAGCACUGAAGGCUGUGAAACCAGUAACACAGGAAAUGAAUUUAUUUGCAGCUGCAACCAUCUGAGCUUCUUCGCUGUGCUUGUGAACCCACAAUUAUCAGUGAGUACAUCUCAUUCGGAGACACUCAGCUACAUCACUUACAUUGGAUCAGCACUCUCGGUUGUCUUCACAUUCAUCAGCUUGAUCAUCUAUAUUUGUCUACAUCGUCGGCGUCCUGAGAAGUCGACCAAUCUGCACAUGCAGCUAACAGGAGCAAUGCUCUGCCUCCACCUCAACUUCCUGCUGUCCUGUUUCUCGGCUUGGCUGCUGAAUGAGGACAGCUCAGUUUGUCUGGUUCUGGGUCUGAUUUUACACUGGUCUCUGCUGGCCACCUUCAGCUGGACUGCUCUGGAGGGGUUCCACCUCUAUCUUCUGCUAAGCCGGGUUUUUAACAUCACCUUCAGGAAAUAUCUUCUCAAACUCAGCUUAGUUGGAUGGGGCUUCCCGACACUAGUCGCAGUGAUUUGUGCAAUUUCAGGUGUUUAUGGUAAAUACACCCUGCACAUGCGGGAUGCCAAACUCCCCAAUACAACAGCACACAUAUGCUGGAUGAACAGCGAGUUCCCGAAGAAGCACCUUAUAACCAGUUACAUCACUACAGUGACCUUUCCGUCCUUGGUGGUGCUCUUUAAUGCCUGUGUUAUGGGACUAGUUGUGUUUAAGCUCUGGGGGAUAAGAAGGGGUAGUGGAGGCUUUGGAAACAACACUGGCUGGAAAAAGACAAACAAAAACAAAGGCUGGAAUUUAUGGAAGGACUCUGUUAAAGUGCUGGGCCUCAGCCUUGUGCUGGGGUUACCUUGGGGGUUAACCAGCAUCACAUAUGUUUCACUCCCUGGCAUCUAUGUAUUCACAAUAUUCAACUGCUUUCAAGGUGUCUUCAUGUUCCUGUGGUCUUUGGCUUUGACCAGGAAGCCUCAAUUGAACAAUAACUCAUCAACAGAUACCUGUCAGAAAAAGCUCACCACCAGUUUAAAUAAUAGCUAAGACAAGUGAAUUAUCCUGACUUACAAACCCAAUUCCAAAAAUGUUGACAUGGUGUGUAAAAGGUAACUAAAAUCAGAAUGCAAACAAAUUAAAUAGUUAAAACCUCAUAUUUUAUUCUCAGCAGAACACGGAAAAUAUAUCUAGUUUUUAAAUCUGAUAAACGCCCAGCUCGAAUUAGACGCCAGGAAAACGUCUGAAAAAAGUUCGGACAGGGCCAUAUUUGCCAGUGUGUAGGAUCCUCUCUUCUUUUAUUAGAGAGGAGGCUACAGUCUCUAUCACUGCAAUAUACAAGGUAUAAAUAUGCAAUAAUUUACAGUAUAAAGUGUCUUGAGGUGACUGUUCUUGUGAUUUGGCACCAUAUGAAUAAAACUGAAUUUAACUGAAUUUUAGGACGCAGAGACCAGCUGCUGGAUUGGCUGUGCCAAAUGUUUUUAAUUUGUGAAAGGUCCGGACUGCAGACUGGGCAGUUCAACACUUCCACUCUCCUAUUCCUAUUAUGCUGUUGUAAAAUGUGCCUCUGUCCAUUCUAAAUUAGCUUUGGCCGACAGCAGCUGGCUGUCCUCUCCAUCUACUACAUUUUUUUUAUUUAAAUAACUUUUAAAUAUUUUUAUAUUAUCUAUGUUCCACUGUGAAUAAAAUAUGGCUUUAUGAGAUUUGGAAACCGUUGCAUUCAGUUUUUAGUUACAUUUUACACUGCAUUUUCUAACAUUUUACCGGCGACAGUCAUAUAUGGUAAUGAAGACUCAUUUUAUUUGUUGACGUUUUUUUCUCUUCUUUCUUAUUUUGGAAUCAAAUACAGAUAUGAUUUUUGUUAGCAUAUUCAACAAUUAACUUGUGAAUCAUUUAAUUUAAAAAGCAGUUACUGUGAAGAUCAUCCAUAUUCUUUAUACUGUAUAAGGUACUAUAGGUAUAGGUCAGGUAAUGUAUCUGUCCUACAAACUUAACCUAUAUACUACAGAAUGCUAUUAGUUAUUGUUACUGUUAUUGGCCAGUCAUGGUAGAUAUUUAUCUUCAUAAAGCAGGUGACUUCACUGCAGACUAAUCAGUUCAGUUAUAUACUCUGUGGUAUUUUAAUAUUUCUGCAUUGUUUCAUCAAGUAUACACUCACUAAAAUGCUUGUUAUCUUGGCUGACUCACUGUAGGGGUGAUUCAAAUUGUAAUAAAGAGACAGUGUUAGGAUGCCUGGGUCGUUGACCCAGGGCUUUUGAGUUUAUUAUAUUAUUUAUCUUUUCUAGUCUUUGGUUUCUUUGUUAGAGUUCUUUCUUAUGGGUUAUGUCUCUGUGUUAUCCUUAGUUGUUAUAUCCCCGUGUCCAGCUAGUGUCUAUGUCUGCCCUACGUCUCUGUUCCCUCUGUUGCAGUGCGUGCGUGGGAGCCUGUCUUUAGUUCAGUCUGUGUCAUGUUUCCUGUUUUAUUUUGAAGGUCCUUGUCUGAUGUUAAUGUAUCUGGUUUUGCUUCCCCUUGUCUCGUUAGGCCUGAUUUGCCCCAGUUGUGUUUCCCUCCUGUUGCCCAUUCCCUGAUUGCUCCCUCUAUGUAUUUAAGCCCUGUGUUUCAGUUUGUCAUUGUUGUGAUCUACCUUUAUCUAGCUGUGUGUUCUGUCUGUAUAAGUUUAUCUGGAACUCUCAGUUUUGUUACCUUUUGAGUUCAGCAUUAAAGCUGUUUGAGUUUA